GGGCGAUGGUACCGCUAUAGUGGUCCCCGUUCUCGUCUUGUGUUAGCGGUGCUCCAUCCUUUCUCCCGCUCACUGUGCGAGUCGCCGCACGGUACGCAAAAGGAAAUAGAAAUGAACGAACGCGAUGUCGCACGCUUCAUUCUCAGCAGCGCCUCGGACAGAGACGUUUUGGGACUCUGUCAAUACGGGCCCCUGACACGCGAGGCCAUUCAAAAGGCCUUUCACGAUCGCGCUCUUCACAUCCACCCAGAUAAAGCGAAGGCAGACGCUUCACCGGUUGCGUCCUCCGUUGUUGAUGCCGCCUUUGGUAAGUUGAUAGAGGCACGGGACCGACUAGUGGAACUCCUUCCGCACUCUCAGACAUUUUGGAAGCUGCAGCAGCCGUCAGCACUACGGUUAUCGGACGAUGCUCAAGUGGUCGGCAGUGCACCGUUCCACUACACGAUGCCUCCGUCGUCGUUCACAGCGGAACACGCCUCUGCUUCGCUGAACUGUGAAUCCACAACAACUUCCACGUCGCCGUCGCUGUUCACCAGUGGGCAAACCGAAGACGCUUUCUUCUCCUUUUCUGCCUCAAAGUGCCACACCUUGGGGUGUCUUCGCCUGCUCUCUGCAGAGGAUGUGCAAGCGCAUCAGAUUUGGUGUGCGCACUGCCGCGCAAAGCCGCGGAAGUGCGUGGUGUUUGGUUGUUUGCGGAUGGUGACGGGCGCGGAGUGCUGCAGCGAGCAUCGACUGUGA